AAAAAGGAAAAAAAAAAGAGUUAAACCUCUAUUCCUUUUCAAAGCCAUUUGUUUUGUUGCUAAUUUUACGAGCUCGGGAGAUGGAGAAACCGGUGGAUCAGCGCAAGGAGGACGAGGAGGAGCACGGCGGGUCCGACGGCGAGGAGAAGCUGAGCAGGAAAUUCAGCUGCGCCUCGGUGAGCUCGACCGAUAUGAAUGACGACGACGGCAGCGACGACGACGGUGACGAGGAGAAGCAGGCUGUGCUGCUCGGCCCGCAGGUCCCGCUCAAGGAGCAGCUUGAGAUGGAUAAGGAUGAUGAGAGUCUGACGAGGUGGAAGGAGCAGCUCCUUGGGAGUGUGGACUUAAAUGAAGUUGGAGAGAUAUCAGACCCAGAAGUAAAGAUUCUGGACCUUACUAUCAUAACACCCGAUCGCGCGGAUCUCGUCCUACCGAUCCCUUUCGUCCCAGACGCGAAAGGCUAUGCGUUCGCGCUCAAAGACGGGAGCCGCUACCGUCUCAAGUUCUCAUUCACCGUCUUCAACAACAUUGUCUCGGGCCUAAGAUACACAAACACAGUUUGGAAGACCGGAGUGCGAGUGGAGAACACCAAGGUAAUGUUGGGCACCUUUAGUCCUCAGAAAGAGCCUUAUACUUAUGAAUUGGAGGAAGAGACCACUCCAUCUGGUAUGUUUGCUAGAGGAUCUUAUUCAGCAAGAACAAAGUUUGUGGACGAUGACGGAAAGUGCUAUCUGGAUUUGAGUUACUACUUCGAGAUCAGAAAGGACUGGCCGUCGCCCUCUUGAUCAACACCACAAAAUUUUCUUUACGAUGUAUCGCAUCGACUGGCGAUCAUUCCGAUAGGAUUUUAUUUACCCUUUGUUGCAAAUUCAAAUGGAGUUGGCCUGUACUUUUUAAUUAAAACCACAAUGAUUUUUCAGUUCUUGUUAUUCUCCCUAUUGUGAUUGAGAAUUGCAUAUUACAAGACCUGAAGUGCAUUUGUUUAUUUAUAUGUUACUUAUUUAUUUUUGCUUU